GCGCAACAUUCAGUUGUGUUAGUGGGAUAACGCUUCGGGAUGGUAUUAUUUUACAUAUCAUUUCUCAUCGAGCUAUCACUCCCUUCAAGUCUUUCAGUUACGGAGACGGAAAAACUGCCCCAUUUCGCUCUUCGUGGCUUUUUAUCUACGAAUGACAUUCUCUACUUCCAUUUUUCUAUACCACGUCACACGUUUAGCAGCAAACUUUCCAUAUCUGCCACGUUCCAUGACUGCAUACCUGAGAGUAUCAUUCUGUUGGUUUUAUGUCUGCCCCUCAUUAAUUUCAUGUUUUCUAGAACAAUGCGUGCUGGUUCUCUCCCUUUGAUCAGACCUUUUGGGGUUCCGGUGCCAAAUGGGGUUGUUAUGCCUACAAACUCUUACACAAUUACCAUACCGACUUUUGAACCAUUCAACUCAACGUUUAUAGCUGACGACUGUGGCGUUUACUCCCAUUUUCAUAUUAAGUCAACUAAUUUGCGAAAUGCAGCAAAUAUAGAUAUAAGGAUUACAUCUCCGGUGAUUGGACUCUGGUUUGUGGGGACAUAUAUGACUAUUCUAGCUCAGAAAGAAUGUAUAGCGUGGUUAUUGCCUUCUGUCAGACAUGAUAUUUCCACCGUUGAUGGGCAUAUUUCUUACAGCGAAAAUGCCCAGUCAAAACACAAGCAGUCAGUGAAUAUCGGAAGACCAGUCAGUGAAAACAAUAAUGGUUUUCACAGUCAGUCGACCUUUGACCCACGUGUUACUGAGAAGCUUUUUCACAGAAAGAAACGUCGUAAACCGCUUUAUCGUUCAGCUAUUCAUUCUACAGCAGAUCAACCUAAGUCUAGUUCACUGCCAAUCACUAGCUCGUCAACGGAAUCAGUCAAGAGGUAUUCACACAAUUCAAGAAACAUGUCAUUUAUAGUCUCACCAUUUGAUAUAGAACUAGCCCCCAUGGAAAACCGGUUAUAUACACUUACUGUAAUGGAUGAAAUGACCAGUGUAGAUAUAAUUUUAGAGGAAUGCAAAAUUGUUACACCGAUCGCCCCAUCACUUGGAAAUAUAUCGGAGUCGAAGAAGAGUUAUUCAACUACUCCAGAGGGAGUAACAGGAUCAUCUUCAAAUAGUGAUCUACUCCAUGAGAUGACAUUUAAUCCCAAUUUAUGUCCAGUCAUUAUUGAUGCUAGUGCUGGAGCUUUAACACCUAGUCUUUCUUAUCUAGAUCAGCAUAAAGGAUUUGAAAGUUGGACAGAAAAUAAGUCAGAUAUUAAAGAAGAUGUUACACUGAAUGCUGAUGCUCGACCUUCAAGUAUAUUAAACCAGAUAUACCAGUCAGGUAUUCAUAGAACAUUCCGUUUACUUGGACUACGAGGCUCUCAAACAGAUCAUUAUUUCUACAUCCUUAACAAAGCUACUCAUGUUGCUGUAUAUAUUCGGUUAGCUGUAGUCCCAAAGUUUGGUAAGUUCUCCUAUUAUGUUGUAAAUCCUUUUGAUUUGAUAAAAGCAGCUUAA